AUGAGCCGCAACGACAACGCCCACCGCCCCGUGUUCCCCGACUGCCAGUCCUACGACGACAUCCACGUGACGGAGAACGUGACGGCUGGCAGCCCCGUCCUCCUGGUAAAAUAGAUAGAUAGAUAAAGCAAUAUGUCAUCACUCUUGGAGUUUCAUAUUUUCCCUUCUCCUCACCUUCAUCUUCCUUUACCUCGUGCCCGCCAGCGCCUGGACCGUGACGGCGAGGACAAAGAGUUCUUCCUGACGGUCAUCGCGAAGGACAGUGGCUUGCAGCCCCGCCAGACGUCGUGUUCCUUCAGGGUCGUGGUGGAGGACGUUAACGACAACCCGCCCGUGUUUGACCUGCCGCGGUACGAGCAGACGCUGGCCACAGACCACAACCCGGCCACCCCGGUGCUCAGGGUCUCCGCCUCUGACCGGGACACAGGUGAGAAUGCAAGAAUCAAUUACCACCUUGAGGGGCACCCGAACCACCUGGAGUUCUUCUACCUAGAGCCUCUGACAGGCGUUCUCACCCUAAAGCGACCUCUUCAACCGACUAUGGCCAACACCCAGAUCUUCCACGUGCGGGUGCGAGCGGAUGGAGGCACGCCGUCCCUGUGGUCCACGGCGCCAGUCACGAUCAAGGUGGUGUCCUCGGGGGAGCUGCCGCCUACUGUGGUCGGCCAACACCCCCGGCAGCCCGCCAUCCCGGAGAAUACCACAGAGAACACGGAGGUGGUGGUGCUGUAUCGAACCUCGCGGACUCUCCCAGUGUUUACUUCACUCGUGAACGGCGACACGCCGGACACCAACUCCGAGGGCACGUUUGCCAUCAGACGGCUGCCUGACCAGCAAAGCUCUGUCUGCGGGGACAGCGCCGGCGUCACCGUCUUCGUGGCCACGCGAACCCUCGACUACGAGUUCGUCCAGCUUUACAAACUCAACCUGCAGAUUGUGAACGAGCGCAACGCCCGCCUGGAGCAGCAGGUCUUGGUCACCAUUGUGGACGUGAACGACAACGCGCCGCUGCUGCAGCCCUUCGACGGCGCGGUGCUGGAGAACACGGACAGCACGCUCAUCACCACCAUCCAGGCCGUGGACAAGGAAGCCUCCCCAGAGUACAGGAAGCUCACGUACUCGUUCGACGCCACGGCCUCCCACGACGUGACCACCAAGUUCACCCUCAAGACCAACGGGGAGCUGUGGACGACGGGACCGCUGGACCGGGAGGAGGUGAGCCAGUACCGCGUGCCCAUCCAGGUGACCGACGGCGUGCCAGAUCACGAGCGCAUGACCACCUACUGGAUCACGGUGCAGGACCUCAACGACGUGGCGCCCCAGUUCGACCUCUCGCAGGGGGUGUACGAGGUACAGCUGCCCGAGAACAGGGAAGCCGGCAAGCCCACGGGGAUACGCCUGGCCGUAGAUGACCAGGACAUAGUCAAUCACUUCACGUUCGAAAUCGUCGAGGGAAAUGAAGAGAGAAAAUUCCGGAUCGACCCGCUGGUGAACAAGCCGCUGGACUACGACUACCCCGUGAUGGACCGAAACUUUACGCUGCGGGUGCGGGUGGAUGACGGCGUCAACGCCCCGGCCCUGACGGACGUGGUAGUGGCGGUGAUGAACGUGAACGACCUUCAGCCCGUGUUCCAGCGAGGCAACUACUCCUUCGUGGUCACAGAGAACACCGACUGCUCGCACCCACUUGGCCAGGUGUCGGCGCUGGAUCCCGACCUGCCGCCCUCCGUCCACCAGAACAUCCUCUACUACUUGUCCCCCGACGAACAGCGGAACUUCACCAUUGACAGUCGCUCCGGCCAACUCUCCAUACGAGGCUGCCUAGACAGGGAGGCGGCGAUCCGAGGCACUAUGACCCUGUAUCCGCGAGCCAACGACGAGGGCGGAAAGGGCCACGACGCCGACCCCGCCACCAUGCCCGUCACCAUCCUGGACCUCAACGACAACUACCCGCACAUCAUCAAGCCGCUAAUACUCCUCCAAGAACCUUUGAUCACGGCGUUUCCGGUCAAGGCUUUGUCUUCUCAGCGCUUCAGAGCUGGGGUGUUGUGCCAAACUUGGGUCCACGUUCUCGACAAGCUUCUCAUAGCCUGGCAUCAGAAAAGGUAAAGUCCGCAUUCUGACCUUUUUUUCUGUAUGUGCUAUAUAUUACAUAUAGUUAUUUAAUUCUCGUGUUCGUGUCUUCCUCUCCAGCGGACUGUGAUGUAAUUUACUGUCGACACUUGUUCCAAUGAGAGAACUUGUGGCAAGGUCCAUUUUAGCUGUUACCAUCUCAUGUUAGCAUUCAGCUUAAUGAAAGGGCAGAGUGCCUGCUGUCCAGAAUGACGCAGUCCACCCUGGUUCUGAGGAAACUUAUUUCCUUUAACAGUUCAACUGCUAGUAAUUAAAGGAAAAUAUUACGACCUCCAAUGUUCCCCUGCAUAUUCCUGGAGUUCCAAGGGCAGCCACUCCUACAUUGCUGUCAGAGUGCCAACACUAUCAGUGUCCACAUCCCAAAAAUAGCAGCUUCACUUGAGGGAGUCUCUGUGCAGCCCAUGACGUGGCAG